AUUGUGAUAAUAAAUUGAAGGAGUAUUUUACACGAUAUGAAAUGGUACUUUGUCUGGAACUGAACUUGCAAUUAAAUGUGGCAAAUGUGUUAAUACUUUAAAAUUACCUGUUUCAUUGUAACUCGUAUUUUAAGACAAAGUCUGCCGUAACAUCGACAAUGCCGCCUCGGAUAGAUACAUAGAUUUUCGAUUGCAAUAUCUCAAAAAGAAGGAUCAUGUUGUGAAACUAUGAAACACCAGGAGGGUCACACUGUGACUACCUUCGAGGCUAUGAUCUUGAAGAACUCAAUCAUAUAGUCUACCGUACACAUGAACGUUUUUUGCCAAUCCAAAUACACAGUUUUGAGCUCAUCGAGGGCUAUAUCACGCACUAUUCAGAUUUGAAUUCUGAGUGACUUGAGAUGUCGAAGUGGCUCUCUGGUUAGGAAGCACCACGUACACAUAAAUGUCCUAAAAGUCCCAUAUGGAUAUCUUUUCGAAAUACCAUUCAAUCAGUCUCAGAGUUUUAUCGAAGACAUAGUUUUGACUGCUCCUUCUACUGAUAGUAUUAGAAUUUCAAAACUCUAUGAUCAAACAUAGCAGGAUUCUAGAGACCCCCGAAAAACUCGAGAGUUUCGGGAAAUAAUUUUUCGAUUCUGAACACCAGAGGUGGUAGCCCAUAUAAAAUUGUGUCUAUAUUGAUACGCAAUGAGAAAGCAGGCGGUUUGUCUAUCUUUCGUCGCAUGAUGUGUCACAAAAACUCCACUUUAACAGUAAUUAGGGCUUACUCCUAGCACUUUGUCACCCAUGAAAAUUUCGAAAUAUGAAAAGCCAACUUUUCACCCCUAGGUUACCCUUAGGAGACUCGACAUUUUUUGCUCCAGAUUGAAUUUCUUUAUAUCUAAUCUGAUGGAUCUCGUCACGCUGAGACAAAUAUUAUAUUUUUAUCGAAGUUUGACCAACGAAUACGGAAAUGACCUCUUAUUUUCCAAUUCUGACAUUCACCGGUUUUUGACCUAUGAUCCUUCGUAAAUCUCUUUUUUCAAUAUUUUAAUUAACCAUUACGACUCCAAAUUUUUUGCUCGAUCCGAAGUUGUAAGAAUCGGUGCAACAUUCUCUUUCUUUCGAUCGGUAUUGGCCAAAUAUCGGACCCGGUUAGUGCUAUACUCAGAUUGACCUAGUAUGUUUAUGCAUUCUGCAAUUUCUCAUAGUUUCUCAGUCUAAAUGUACGCAACUGGAACUAAACCGCAUUAUGAUAAAGGUUAGUUCACUACUGAACCCGAUUCUACUAUUGGUUCUAUAAUACUAAGAAUGAUGGAUUUUUCCUCACAUUCAUUCAAAUACUUUGUGAACAACAGCUAGAUUACUUUUUUUAAUAAUACGGUUUUCUUAAUUGAUUUUCGCUCCUUUCCAUAUUCAUCGUAGCAUCAAUAUCUUUUAAUUGAGUAGCAUAUCGCUAGCACUGUAGGUGCUCUCAUGAAAGCUCUCCAGAAAUAAUGAUUUUUCCUGAAUAUAUCUGAAAAUCUGCUCCUGCAAAGCGAUCCGCUCGUUGUGCUAAUCAGAACUUUCAUUCUAUCGUUGCAAAAUGUGUCUCAAUUCUGCCGAAGCAAAAUGUACAAAGUAUUAUCUUUCGCGAUUCUUUUCUCUUGUGAUCUUUUGUAUGUCCGAUUAACCAUCGAAACAAGCAGCAACUCACAGUUCUUCGCCUGUUCUUUGUGACAACAAAAUGAGAGUAUUACACAUACACAUACAAACAGAGAAAGACAUUGCUAUUGCCUAAAUUUUUUUCUUCUAGCUGUUCUACUACAUGAGAGAACACGAACUGCCAACAUCAAUGUAUGUCUACGAUUAAGAAACACGAGUAGCUUGUGACCAUGAACCCAUAUUUUCGUCCAUUUCUCUUGCUGAUCUCUCUCUUGACAAUUGUGCAUGUCGUGCAAAUCUCUCCGUCAAAUUCCUCCAUCAUACUAGUCCAUGAGCACAAUCAAGCGAAGAAUUUCGAUGAACUUCUGAAAUUUUCCCCGUCGAAUAUUAAUUAUAAUUCGACAAAAUCAAAUCUAUCCAUGAACGAUGUUCUUCUGACUGUGCGCACCUCGAAAACAACGCAAAACUUUCGUCUACCACCUAUUCUCAAGACUUGGUUUCAUUUUUCUCCCGAUACAACCUAUAUCACCACGAAUGGUGACGUGAACUUUCUCCGUCAAUUAAUCCCAUCACAUCAUCAUCAUCAGAUCUAUCAAAGUAAUUGUCCUCAGGUUUAUUCGGUUCGUGAUCUAUGUUGUUAGAGUGCCUUAGAAUUUCACAUCUAUUUCGCACUCGAAAAACAAUUUCAAUGGUUAUGUCGUUUUGACGAUGAUCAGUAUGUCAAUGUACCUCUUCUCAUCGAUUAUCUUCGUCAAUUUGAAGGCGAUUCGCAAGCGCUCUACAUCGGCAAACCCAGUUGGAAAGAACCGAAAGUUCGUCAUCAUAUUCGAUUUUGGUUUGCAACCUAUGGUAGUGGUAUUUGUUUCUCACGACGUCUCUUACGUACGAUUCGAGAUGAAGUCGAACCAGACGAACGAUUCAUGCGUGGUUGUAUCGCUUUGAAUUAUCCUGAUGAUAUCCACAUUGCCUAUCUACUACACACGAAAUUCAAUAUUAAUCUAAGAAUUGCCGAACAUUUUCAUCAUCAUAUCGAAAGUAAUCUCUUUACGAAUCCACCAAAUGCUUCGAAUAUCGAUCAAGCAAUUACACUCGGUUUUAAGGGUUUGAAUGUACCUCGAUUUGUACCGAUUUUCGAGCGCGAUACUUUUCGCAUGCAAACAUUACAUUGUCUUUGUACAAAUGUUGUGAGAGAGUGA